GAACUACGCGUCUACGCGAGCCAGUUAAUAUGGGAUAUUUGCGGCAGCGCGUAUGUCGGAGCGUGAAAUGGCCACUCUCGCUCUGCCUCUGAACUGUCAUGCGUGUUUCCUUUCCGCUCCAACUUCUCCCCAAUUCCCAAAACCUAAUUUCAGUUCCCUCCAUGUCAAAACCAAUCAACGACACACAUGGGGCAUCUCGAUAUCGUUCGAAACCCCGAAUCGUUGCGGCCCUGUUGUUUAUGGAUUGGAGAAAGACUCAAACCCAAAAACUACCCAAGAUAGCGAGGCGAACAAUUUAGGAGUUAAAGCUGCGCUAUCAAUGCUGAGAUUCUACAAAAGGGAAAUUUCACCAAUCUUGCCAAAGAGCUGUCGAUACAUUCCAACUUGCAGUGAGUACUCCAUGGAAGCUUAUAAGAAAUAUGGAGUUGUGAAGGGUACAGUAUUGACAGCAUGGCGAAUAUGUCGUUGCAAUCCCCUUGGUGGGUCUGGAUAUGAUCCUCCUAGAUGGUUUGGUGAAGCUAAGCCACUCGAGGAUGUCGAUGAUUGAUCUCAGAUUGAUAACAUAACCUUGCAAGCAAGAAAGGAAGACAGAAUCCAUACUCAGUUGACAAUAAAUUGAUCGCUUAUGUUGAGAAGAGAGAAUCUUUUUUGCGACCUUGAGGAAAUAACGAAAAAUUUCUUCUUGUUGGGGGAAAACACUUUCUCAUCCUUCAAAAAGUAAAACAAUUAGAAAUUAACUUAUCACCUCCUUAUCAUCGGUAAGCUUUGGAUGGCUUAAUGUGAAAUUGUAGUCAUCUGUCUUCCUUUCUAUUCUUUUCUUUUGUUA